AUGAUAAAAAUUUCUGCACUCAACGAUGAGUCUGAAGAAGACAGUGGUUCCGACGAGGAGGUGACAAAAGAGGCGCUGGAGCAGAUAGCACUGCAGCAGUACGCCAAAGCUUUAGAUUUGCAACGGAAGGGCAACCUGAAGGAUGCUACACAGCUUUUGAAGGACUUAUUAGACACAGAAGUUCUGUAUGACGUGAAAAAACCUGCACAAGGUGAGAAAGUAUCUGGGCCGCUGUUUAAUUUGAAAUAUUUAUGUUAUAAAAACCUCGCUGCAAUGUUGAGCGUUGCAGGCGAUAGCGAAGGUGCCAUUGAAGCUUACUGUGCUGCCUCAGAGCUUGAUGAUACUGAUGUGACUUUAUGGCACAGAUUUGGGCUGACUUGUAUGAAUGUAAAACGUUAUGAAAUGGCCUUACAUGCUUUCCAAAGUGGAGCAGAACGAAACCCUAAACAUUGGCCAUGCCUAGACAAAAUAGUUACUUUAUUACUAGGCCUAGACUAUAAAGAGGAGUGUAUUGCUACUAUACAUGAUACAUUGCAACUUGAUCCUGACUAUUUAAGGGGAUUAGCAUAUAGAAAACAUAUUUAUAAAGUUUAUCCCUAUAUCAGAGAUUAUAUGGAAUAUUUGAAUCCCAUUUAUAAGUGGAAUGAGAAAGAAGACAACCUCAUAGAUGAAGAAAAGGCAGAAAAAUUGAUUAAAGAAGCUGAAGAGAUUCACGAGGUAUUUUUGGAAAAGCAAAGACAAGAGCAAUUUAAAUAUGUCAUGCCUAAUUUAAAAUUAAAAAAACCUAUAUCUGAUUUUGCCUGGGCUUCUGUUGGUGAAUCUCUCAUACAUAUGCACCAAUAUAUGACUGAAAACUGUUAUAGUCAUGCUUGUUAUUUGGAAUUAAUAUUUGAAAAAGAACAGAAACAAGAACAAAUGGAAGUGAGUGAUGAACCCAAAGAACUAGAGAUACUUGAAAAUUCAAAAUCAGAUGAAAAUGAAAAAUCCGAAACUAACGAGCAAAAAGGAGACAAAGAAAAUGUAUCUGAGAAUGAAAAUAAUGAUUUGUCUGAUAAAGAUAAGGGAGCAACAGACACUGAAAAAGUUGAGAGUGAUAUAGAGAUGCUGCAAGUGGAACCAGCAACAGAUGCUCAGCCAGAGCCUAAAACACAAAGAAAAAAUCCAGUUCGCAGACGUGGUAGUGCUCUAAGUUUCUUAGAACAAUGGGAAUGGUGCACAAAGCGUCGGUCUGGUCGGAAGAAGGUCACAACCAGGCAAGAGCAAGAUGAUAACAUUUAUGAUACAUUAAGAAGAAUGGUUCCAGAGUGUUUGGUUCCUGAGAUGGUACAAAAGAAAGAGAAUCAAACCAGGGAAACAUCUCCUGAUACUGCUGACCUUGAUAAGUUGUUUGAAGAAAAAGGAUACACAGAAAAGACUGAGCAAUAUUUUGGCACAGAAAAUGAACAAAGGGAUGUAAAGGAAUUUAUAAACAAAUACACAGAGAAUAAAAGGGAUAUUAUAGACAUGUUACAAGAGUUUUUACAUAUUUUAGCAGGAAAAUGGAGAAUGUUGUGGCCAAAUGGCUUGAGCAAAGUAUUUGUUAAGGCAAAUGAAUGUUAUAAUACUCAUAUUGAUAUUCCAGCAUGCACUGAUGAUAAUCAUCAGGAAAUUUUACAUUUUGUCCAUGUUAACAUAUUAUCUGAAGAGUUUGCAGUUAAUGAAAAAUUGCACAAUUCCACUGAUGAUAGUACCUACCAUGAUUUGAGCACUAUUGAAGCCAUUGGAAUUAGUCUUAAUUUAAAACCUCAUUUCUUUACAGGCAUUGAUUGUUUAGAGUUAAUGUUGAGGCAUCUUUGGGUUAAGCUUCAUAUUCACUUAUUAAACAAGUGUGAAGAAUUCGCCCUAGACUGUUUAUACCAGUUGUUAUAUGAGUUUGAAGCAAUGGCAGAAGAACAUGACACAUAUAAAUUGAAUGUUGUUAACUUUGUUUUUAAACCAAUGAUUAACGAAGGUGAAGUUUUAAAUGCUAUUAAAUUCUUAGAAAGAAAUAGAAAAUUAUCUACUGUAAUGGAGUUAUAUGAUAGAGGAAAUUAUGAAGAAGUUUUGUUUAUCAUAAUGGAUUCAUUUGAACAUUGCAAGAAUAUGGCUCGGAAUCAAGAAGAGGAGAUGUCACUUGAUUUUGCUGUUCAAUUGUCUAUGAUAUUGGAUACAUAUUGGGCACUGGAUAAAGUGGACAGCUGUUUCAAAUGGUCAUUCAUAUGCCUUCAUGAGUCUUUGAAGCACUUUUUUCGUUGCACAAGUGGAUCUCCUGAUUAUGAUAAGUGGGCUGUAACAGUUGUAAAAGUACUAUGUUGUAUGGAACAUAUUCUUAAGACUGAAGGGCUCUCAUGUUUAGAAACAAUAUCCCAAAAAGAACUGAGUCAGGGAUUAGAAGAUUUAAUAAGAAUAAUUGGACAUCAAAUUGAAACAAAUGCAUCUGAUAUGCCCUUUGGGACAGUUGUCCCUUGGAUUAUAAUGCAUUAUAUUUUACAAAGAGAGGAAGAUCAAGGGAGAAGCAGAUCUAGUAAUGAGAAAGACAAGAUUCCGGGUGAAGAUGUUCCUAAUCCAUUAAUGGUCUUGUUCAUUGCCCAUGAGCAUUUAGGAACCAGAGGAUGGUGCUGUAAUACUGAAGGCAAACUUUUAUAUUUUAUACUAGAUACGGUAGUGCCGCGAUUACGUUCGCCGGCCUUGGCAAAAUCUUUAGAACAAGUCUGUCAGUUUAUGGAGCAGUGUGUCUACUGUCUUUUUGGGCAUCCUGGUAAAAAGAACAAGUUGAAAUAUUUAAUAGAUCAUAAUGUGACUCCGCAUUCAUUGGAUUGGAAAAGAGCACAGCAACUUUACGAAAUCUUUAGACCACCUGCACUACCAGUUUUAGAGGGCAAGGUUUCUGGAAUCUCAGCUGAUACGGAACAGUUAUUUCACCGUAUUCUUGCACAUUUACCCCCAGAAUUAGAUCCGCAAAAGUAUGUAGUAGAAAUAGAAAAGUACAUUAAAGGUUUAGCAGAUAAACUGCCAGAUAUCCCUAAGCUAAUGCCAUACAAACUGAAAGAUAUCUAUUUUUUGCUUGGUGAUUAUUAUUUUAAAAAGGAGGAAGGUAAAAUGGCUGUGAAAUAUAACUUGUUAGAUGUAGUUGUGAACAAUGAUCGUUUAGAAUCUUGGGCUGAAAUAUCAUUAGCAAAAGCAGUAAAUUUAGAGAGAAUUUUGAAUUCCUGUAAGAAUCUUAAUAACGAAAGGGAGUUUUUGAACCCAGCUAGAUCUAUUAUAAGAUGUUUUAAACGUGCACUUGAUUUGGAUCCGACACAUUGCAAUAUGUGGAUUGAAUAUGGUAUAUUUGUAUACACAGUACAUUCUUUCUGUUCACGUCUACUCAAACAAGAUAGUGAAUCUCUAAGUAUGGAGGAUUUUGAGUCUUUAGAAAAACAAAAAGAAAAUAUGUUGAAUACCACACAGAAAUGUUUCAUAACCGUUCUAGAAGAUCUCAACAGUAGUACAGACACUGAGAAAGCUAACGAAGAUUCAUGGUUACAUUAUUACAUGCUAGGUAAAGUUGCUGAAAAGAAGAAUAAGCCUCCUUCUGUCUACCUAGAUUACUAUAUGCAAGGCGUCAAAAGCCUGCAAGAAACUGAUGCAACAUAUCCCUUGAAAAUUAAUUAUAGUUCACCUACGCAUUUAUGUAUAGAAGUCUUGGAACUUCAUUAUAGGAUUCAUGCAUCUAUUUUGAAAUAUAUAGAGCAACAUGAAAAUAAACCAAUUCCGGCUUCUGUCGGAAAAGUGUUCAUAAAUUGCAUCGAAGGCUGGAGGAAUGGUCCUUUUUCAAAGAAAACUAAAAAAGACGGAUCAAACGAAACCGAAUCCGAACCGAAACCCAGCGAACCAGUACAUGCGGCAAAUAUCUUAAAGCGCUCCGUAAGUGAUGCAGGUGAAGAAGAAACUCAUGAAACUAAACGUUUUAAAUUGGAAGCUGCUGCUGCAAAAGUUCGAAGAUCUGCUUCUUACGAUACGGAGAGAGUUGCUCCGAAAGAAACACCGGUAAUUGUUCAUGUGGAGAAGGUCACAGAGACGAACAAACCGGUGGAGGUUGCUAGCACGGAAGAAAUCAAACAAGAUACAGUAAUUAAAACAAUCGAAGAAGUGAAAGCUCCAGAAGAUUUAAAACCAUUGGAAGAAAGAAUAGACAAUAAACAGAAUCAAAAAGAACAAAAAAAAGAUAACGAGUCGGAAAAGAAAACGGAAAGUUCAAGUAGCACAUCGUCUUCUUCAUCAUCUGAUUCGAGCUCGAGUGAUUCUACAUCUGACAGCAGUAGUGAUUCUAGUAGAGACAGCGAUACAUCUAGUAAAUCUUCUAACGACUCCAAGUCACUGACUGUUGACGAAAUUAUGACAAUAGUCACAGCUUGUAUCGAUGCUUUGGAGGAUUGCGCAAGCCGGUUUCCACCAAAUUACAAAGCCAUUUACAGAUUAGCACACUACCAUUUUUACUACAAAAAGGGUAAAGACAUCGAGAGAUGUAGAGAUUUGAUGCUCUCUAACUUCACUACAAGAGCUGGGCAAAAGCUGGGAGGUUUAUUCAGUGAAAGGAAACAUUCAAAUUUCUUUAAUAAUAUUUGGAAGAUACCACUAGGGGAAGUCGAAAGGGCUGGAGGUUUUGCAUUCCACAUGAGCCGAUCAGUCCAACUAACAAUGGAAAUUUUAAAAGAGAUCGAUGAUCACAAAACACUGCUUGAUUUGAGUUUACAUUUACAAAGAAUUCCAGAACCAGAUAAGAAGUAUUUGCGGGACUCUGAUAGGGAAGAGUUAGCGCAACAAGCAUUUUCACUAUGCGUACAGUCUCUGAAAGGACAAUUGACAAAAUUCAGUCAACAGGCGGAUCUCAAAAGCAACGAUGUAGAAAAACAAGCAUUAAAAAGUUUAACUUUGGACAUCUACAGAGCUUACCAAAGAGUACAAAAACAACCGAAUUCAAAGCAAUUUAUUAAUUUGCUCGUUGAGGCAUAUAAAUUAGUAUGCACUACUCCAAUUACAGAUAGUAUGAACCUCGUAGAUCUCAGUAUGAAAUAUUGUCAGUCAUUGAUCCAAGCCCUGAAACAACAAGCUACACAGGCAAGCAUCGACAAAACUCAAAACGCGCAGAAAAAACAGGCUGCAAAAUCGGCCGAAACUGUAAAACUUCGUGACCCAAGUACUCUUUCUAACGUCCCAAAACCUACAGAACAUAAGUCACAGACGACUUCAGCUUCAGCUACGGGGUUACCUAAAAUAUCCGCUCACGAGAUGGCAGCUGCGUUUCAAAACUAUAUUCCUAUGCUUAACGAUCCAGUUUUAUCACAACAGACUGCAGCAGCGUUGUCUCUUUCAUAUUUAAGUAACAUUAGCGCGUUAGCUGGUUACACGUCUCUGCAAAAUACUUUGCAAUCGUCUUUACAGACCUCCCUACAGAACUCUUUUCAGGCGGAAUUUUAUCGCCAAUUUUUGGGCCAAAGCCUUUCUUCUUUCGGCAUGCCGCCGCAAAAGAAGCAGAAACGUGGCCCAAAACCACAAUCAUCACGACCAACUUCACAAACAAUGGCUCCAAUGAAACCGUCAAAAUCUUUUAGUACGACUUCUACGUCUUCGGUUUCGAAGGCGACGCCGACUCCUGUGAUAACCAGUAUUCAGAAAUCUACUUCCGCGCCUCUCGCGCCUAGCAUGGGAACGGUGUUGCCAACAUUGCCUGCAUCCAUGACCGCGAAUUUGGCUUCAUUUAGUUCCACGGGUCAUGCGUCCGCACACCCAGCAACGAGUAUUCAUAGUGCAGUACCGACACAAGCUCACUUAUCCAGUACAUCGACUGUGGGUGCUGCUAUUCAUACUAAACCUCCGAUGCCCCAUCAGCAAGUUAGUCCCGGUAAAACAUUGCAGGAGAAGUUGGCCGAACGACAAAAACACCUGCCUAUACCAAAGCCUUCAAAUCAGGACAUAAACGCGUCGAUAAGCAAGCUUCCAUCUUCUUUGACAAUAACAAAGACGUCAGUAUCGAAACCGCCUGUUCAAAGUAAGAAGCCUGAAGUCAAGAAGUCGCUACCGUUUAGCGAAGUGCGGCCUAAACAGAUAUCUGAUGAGGUCAUUGUACUCGACGACGAUGAUUAG